AGAGACUCCCCGGCUCCCUCCCUCCCUCCCUCGCACACAGCGACUGGAGACGGACCGGGAGCAACGCGCUGGGAAGAGCAGAGACCACCGACAACAGCCCCGCGCUCUCCCACACACGCUCACACUCGGCGCUUUCCUCUCCACCCCCACCUCCUCCUCCUUCCACCCCCUCCACUAACACCAUCUCCUCCUCCUCUCUGCAACAAGAAAAAAAAAGCCAUUUACAGGGGGUGAUGUGCAACUAAUUAAAGGCAGACUGGCAGCGUCUGCAAAUUCUAAGGCUCCCCAAAUAAAAAGAGACUGUUGUAACAGUUGGAGGAUAAUGCAAAGGAAGACACUGCCUGGGAAUUCACCGUCUGUGGACAUGCGCCCCAGAGAGGACUAAAGCAGCCCUCACCUUGCUCUCCCAACCCGGAUCCCCCUUUCCUGCCCGGCCCGGCCGGUACCCGGACCCCACCAUCACCCGCUUCCCUCCCUCCCACCUCUCCCCUUUUCCCACCCAGGUGUCGGACCAGGCGGUCCCCACUUCCACCCUGCACCCCUUCUUCUCCCCCUGCACCAUGAACACCAAUGUCUGCGUGGAGCCCGGGCCGAGCCCGGAGGCCCCGGGCUUGCCCAAGGAAAGCCACCUGCCCGAGGGGGCCCUGAACAGCCUUGUGGAUUACAACUCGGAGAUGGAGCGCUACCGCUCCUUUGCCACCUCCUUCUACAAGACCAACGGGGGCGCCUUCCCGCAGGCAGCCAAGAUCGCGCGCAUCACCACCCCCAUCUUCCCCAGCAGCGCCGCCGCCGCCGCGGCCGCCGCACGCAUCGGCAUGUCCCCGUGGAACUGCGACAACGCGGCCACCGCCGCCGCCACCGCGAUGCUCUGGGGCAGCGGGGGCGGUGGCGGGGGCGGCGGGGGCGGGGGUGGGGGCGGCGGGGCCGGCAGGAAAUCCUCCUCGGCCGCCGCCUCCUCCUCCGCCUCCUCCUCGGCGAUCCUCCCCGCCGCCGGCGGUGGCGGCGGCGGUGGUGGUGGUGGUGGCGGCGGCGGCGGCGGAGGCGGCAGGACCAGCAUGCACCACCGGAACGACUCCCAGCGGCUGGGGAAGGCUGGCUGUCCGCCAGAGCCGUCGUUGCAAAUGGCAAAUACUAAUUUCCUCUCCACCUUAUCCCCCGAACACUGCAGACCUUUGGCGGGGGAAUGCAUGAACAAGCUCAAAUGCGGCGCUGCUGAAGCAGAGAUAAUGAAUCUCCCCGAGCGGGUGGGGACUUUUUCCGCUAUCCCGGCUUUAGGGGGCAUCUCAUUACCUCCAGGGGUCAUCGUCAUGACAGCCCUUCACUCCCCCGCAGCAGCCUCAGCAGCCGUCACAGACAGUGCGUUUCAAAUUGCCAAUCUGGCAGACUGCCCGCAGAAUCAUUCCUCCUCCUCCUCGUCCUCCUCGGGGGGAGCUGGCGGAGCCAACCCCGCCAAGAAGAAGAGGAAAAGGUGUGGGGUCUGCGUGCCCUGCAAGAGGCUUAUCAACUGUGGCGUCUGCAGCAGUUGCAGGAACCGCAAAACGGGACACCAGAUCUGCAAAUUUAGAAAAUGUGAAGAGCUAAAGAAAAAACCUGGCACUUCGCUAGAGAGAACACCUGUUCCCAGCGCUGAAGCAUUCCGGUGGUUCUUUUAAAGCCGUAGUAUAUCUUAUUUUCAAGGCAUUUGGAAAUGAAGGGCAAACUAAUGUCUUGUUUUAAGAAACCACUUAGUCCACCAUUGAAGAAAAUAUCCAGAAAUUAUUUUCAUUUUAUGUAUAGGGAUUUCUUCAAAAAACAAGAGGAAAAGAAAAGAAAAAAGAUAUAAAAAUACCAGGGAAGCUUGGGGAAUUGGCCAGUCUUACUUGCUUUCAAUACACUGAUCCUUCCUUUGAUGUAAUUUAGCUAUACUAGUGAAGUUGUUGUCUAUUUUGAAAGUGGCUGUAAAAAAAAAAAUAAGUUUGGGUAACCCCCGACUGUAAAAUCAUGUAUCUUUGCAAAGUACAUAUCUAUACUUCAUUUUCAAAUAUAUGUGAUUCAGUACUGUAAACUGUACAGAUAGCAGCUUGUAUUUUGUGUGUUUAGACACAAGGAGACAAUCAUGUCUGAGCAUCUAUGGAGAUUAACAGUUUGUACACAACAAUAUGGUUCUGCAAGUUAAAUCUGGAGCAAUAAAUUUUAGCUUUAAAUAUUUUCGCCAGUUGUUUGUAGAAGCAGCAACAGCACUGGUGAUAAUUCACGCAUCUUUCUGGAGAGACUGGAGGGCCAGUUUCACAAGACUAAAAGAUAAGGCUGCAUCCAGCAAUUACCUUCAAUUGUGUCAAUGUAAGAGGGGAAGCUACUGUGAAGGUCUCAAUUAAUCUUUUGAGCACUAUAUUAGAGUAGUGGUUAUGCACUUGCGUUGCUUACAAACGAGCUGUAUAGAGGGUAUACCCCCCAAAUACUUAGUGUAGUUGACUUGUUUGGGUUGCACUGUAAGGGGAGUACUCAGCAUAGUUGGAAAAUGCAGAAUCAGUUGUAUAAUUUUUUUUAUUAAAAAAAAGUGUUUUCUAGGCUGAAGUUAUCAGAUCAUAGAAAGAGAAAAUCAUGCCUGACAUUUCUUUUUCCCCUAGCCAUACACAGGCUGUCCAAGCUUUUUGAUUCUUUGUUUAUUUUUUGCUUUGGUAAGGGGUAGGAAAAAUAAAAACAGAAGAGUAUUCAUAUGUUUUAAUUCCAUGUAAGACAUUGAAUGGGUAGGUUUAAAACAACACUUGAAUGCAUUGAAGCCUACUUUAAGACAUGGCUGGGCAUAUUUUCAAGUUGAAAAUAAUUAAACACAUUCAUUAAAAGUGAGUCUUUUUGGUUCUUUAUCUUCCUUUCCAUAGCCUCUCAGUUGGACUAGUGUUCUUCCCCCAGGCUCUCAGAGGAACACCCACUGCUUCCAUUCCCAUUUUUAUCACUGGAUGCUUUCUUUCCAUGAAGCAAGGACACAGUGUGAGGAAUUUGAUAAAAACAAGACAGCCCAUCCCCCAGAUACUUUGUAGAACCCGGGCACCUUGUCCUUAAGACUGGAUUUUCCUAGGACAGUCAUGUUUCUUAAAGGACGCCUAUCCCAUUAAGACAAAUAUUUUGAAUUUUUUUUAAAAACUAGACUGUAAGGAUCAGUUUCAGGAAUAAAAUAUAGUUUAGGAAAAACACAUAGAAUAACAAAGUUGCCAUGUUACUUCCAUCUUUGUUCUUUGUGCCUGUCAAAAGGUUAGCAAGAUGAGUCAGAAGAAAAGCCACAGAAGAGAGUGGUAGUUCAGUGAGGACUUGCAAGUGCUUCAAAGGCUGGCAGGGGAAUAUUUUUAAAAAAUCUCGUUUUAGCGUUGAAUGGGAAAUGGGAUUACACAUUUUUUUUUUCUAAAGGCAGGUCAGGUACACCAUCACUGGAGUGAGCACCUUGAUGAGACCAUAGUAGGUUUGUAUGAUGCCAGUGUGGGACGCCAGUGGGAUGAAUGUGCCUAGCUAGCAUACCAAUGCUUAGUCUGCAGUAUGGUCAAGCAGUCUUUGUGAGGGAAAUGCAUUAUGUAUUACACCCACUUAUGUUUAGAGAAAGGAAUGAAAUCAUCAACAGCUGUAUAUUACUUUUGAGAUAGCUUUCUACUCCAUGUGUAUUCCUUAAGAGGGUUGGUAGUUCUAAUUUCUGCUUCUGCUGUAGGACCAAUGAGCGCUGUAUGAGUUUGUCAUUGUCCCAUUGGUUCUGUUCUUCCCUCUCUGUGUGUUUUUACAAUUUUUAUUUUACUUUAUUCUUACUUUUGCCAAUUUGUUAACUAUGAGUACUUGGAAACUUAUUUUAGCACUUGAAUGGGAAGCUUCCCUUGCUUUUGUAAAAAUGAUCAGAAAUUAAACAAACUUCUUUUCAGACUGUAUUAGGCACACAAUAAGGAACUCAUAGCAAUGUAUGGACAGUCAAAAACUCAAGUUGGUAUUGCAUGUCUUGAUGUAUUUUUUUUUUUUGGCUUUUUUUUCCCAAGACAAUGAAUCUGUGUAUUGUAAAUGUGUUGUUUCACAUGGCAGUUCAUUUAUUUUUAAUGAAAGGAAUUUGUUACUAUAAUGAACAGUGUGGCCUUUUUCUUUAAUUCUCGUACAUUUUAUUAUUUACACUAAUUUCUAUUUAUGCCACACACUUUUUAUGUUUCCACUUAAACUCAGUUUGCGAGAUGUAGGGUACAUAUAGAAUUCUCACUGGUGAUGGUGAAGAAAUUAUCCUUCUAGAUUGCCUCUAGUUUUCUUUCUCAAUUGUCUAUGUACAGACAACUUGUAGCCUUAGGGCAGUGACUUGAAGGUAUGCAUUUUCUUUAUUCCAAAAUAUCAAUGAAACAUAACCUUUUACAGUUGAUCACUGUAUGUUUCAUUUUCCAUAUCAAGGAAACUUAGAAAUUAGUCAUCAUAUUGUAGGUUGUAUAUAUACAACUUAAAAAUUACACAUCAGAUAUUGCUAAGGCUAUUAUAGAAAUCUACACACAUAAGAGUCCAGUUCAGUGUAUGUCAUGCCCUGGCAGCUUUUAAGGGGAGACCAGGAGAAUAUGGGACAUUGCCACAUAGAGUACUAAGCAAAUGCUCCCCUUAGCUAGCCCUCAGAACUCCAGAAGAAUAUUAUAAUGCAGACCUCUGUCUUCUCUGACCUUCAGACUAAGGUGAGUUUCCUUCUAGUGGACUCCAUCUGUCCUCAUACAAGCAGAAGCAUACUCACAAAGUAGUACUGAAUCUAUCCUUGGGACAUAAGUAGAAUCAUCUUCCCCUAAGAUAUGCAUAUGUAAAAAGUCUCCUGGUCGCUUAACUCCAAACCCUCAAUUUCCUUCUGAGUAAUCACAGGGGUGGGAGACAAUGGGCUUACUAUGAAUUAAUAUUAAGUAAUCACGAAAAGAAAGAAAUGUGUCCAUCCCUUGUUAGAGCCCCUGGCAUGGACGUUGUUCAAUUAGUGCAAAAGCAUAUAAAGCCUUUAAACUGAUAGUAUCAGUAAUCAAAGAAUGAGAAGAGGGACACAGCUAAAUGAAUGCAUGAAUCAGGGUCAAAUAUGUUGAGCAGAAAGCUGGAGUGGGUCUUUGAUCAUGGCGGGAUUCUCAGCAAUAUCAAACAGUUGGUUCUCAUGUAACAGCUAAACGUUUCAGAUUUUGGUUUUAUUAAAUUUGGCAUUUCACACUGAGAUAUGUAUUCCUAGUGAAUAAAACACAGCUACUGUGUUCAGAGGGAUUCCACUUCACAAUUGCCAAAUAGAUAUUUCAGGACAUGGGCCACAAAGGUGUCCUCCUGUUCCGAACUGUGCAGUUAUCAGUUACAUUUUCUAAUAGAUAUUUGUGUAAAGGUGUAUGUAAGCUUGUGCAGUUAUUUAAAAAAGCAGUUUUGGAAAACAGUGUAUUUAUUAAAGAAAAAUCACUUAUGGGGCAUGUACAAAACUGUAAAAAAAAAAUUAAAAAUCACUUCAAUUUGCCCAGUAAAGUUGUUUUUGUGAAAUUUCUGUGUUGUUAAAUAAAGGACUUUAGUAUUCAAAA